ACCGUUCGACCAGAGUCAGAUGACUGGAAGGAUUUUGGGAGAGUGUGGCAGAAAGAAGGCAUAGCGAAUCAUUUCUUUCACCUAUUCCAUUGACACGGAUCAUGCGCAACCGAACGUAUAUUCAAUUAUUGCCAAAAUUGUGUAAAAUUACUAGGCUGCAUAUCGGAACGUCCCUCGAAAAAACAUAAAAAUGAAACCAAAAAUCCAACGAAUUUAAUUUCAAUAAAGUUUUCCAUCAAAUUUAUCAACUAUUCCGUGAUUAAAUCACAUGUGAUUUGCAUUUCCAAUUGAAAUUCCUCCGAUUUAUUGCAUAUUUGACAUUUUAACGAGGGACACAAUUUUCAUUCGAAACUAGUUCAAAUAAAUUAGAAUGUACAAAUGUUUAUCAUCUUAUAUUUGAUGUAUUUAUUUAAUUCAGCUGAGACACAAUCACUCACAAAUACGAUUCAUAAGACGCAAGCAGCUGCAGAGCGUCCAAAUGAUUUGUGGUGUUAUCAAUGCCAUUCGAUGGAAUUUGGUGACACAUGUGUCGAGAAUAUCACAGCCAAUUACUCGAGUUUCUUGAAAAAGUGCAAAGAUGAUGAGUUUAUCUGUAUGGUACAGAAGUUUUCAUACACAACCAGCACUGAGAAUGCGACAUCCAGUCAGAAAUUGUGGUCACUCGAACGACGAUGUACUUCGAAUUGUGAGGCGGGCUGUAUUGUAAUCGGCGAACGUACCAAAUUGUAUGCGUGCACAUCAUGCUGUAAAACAUCGUAUUGCAAUACGGAUAAAGGAGCGGCCAAACUAUCAAUUGUACCCAAUAAUCCGAUCGAAACAUUACUCAUUAGCAUAUUCAUCAUGAUAGUCGCCAAAUUGCUAGCCACACCAAAUCAUUACAACACUUGUUGACAACGUCCUGGAGUCUGUGUGGUGUAAUGCGUGCGAUGAUGAUUCAGUCGAAACACUCAUGCGUCAUCAUCAAUAAUAUAUUGCUUGUGACCGGAAUCAAGUGUAAAUAAUUUAUUUAUUAAUUGAUAAGCGUGAAUUGAUGAUUCAUGCCGAGUGAUAUAUAGAUUCGGAACUGCAGCGUAUUUAAGAAAAGUCGAAGGAAAAAUGAUGUAGAAACGAAAGAAAACGAUAUCAGGUUUUAACGGUUGAUUUUUUUUUUUGCUGAAAAGAGCAAAACACACCGCCGGUUUUCCGAUGAGCCAUCACAUAUUCGAUCAUUUUAAAUGUUAAGUAGAUUUUACCUCUCGCCAAAAAUACAAAAAAAAAUCAAUUCUUCCUUGUUUUGUUCAGUGACAAUUGACACAAUUCGUUGUUGAUUUUCCAUGAAAUGCAUUUUAUUGAAUAUUAUUCCGCUCGGAUAGUGAUAGCUUGAAGGAAAAAAACACACAUUGCUCUAUGAACCGUAGAUAUGAAGUUCUUUUUUUUGUUCUUUAUGAAUAUAAUAGUUGAAAAGUAUAUGAAUUGUUCCCAGUUUCAACGAUACAAUUAUGAAACAUUUCCUUUUCGAACUGUCCGAUAUUUUAAGUCAUACUUAUUUUUACUCAUUUCACUCAACAAAAACAAAAAACGAUGGAAUAUUCUUUAAGGAAAAACGUUUUAUUCCUCCUGUUAUAUGAAUUGACUUGUGUAAGUAUUCUAAUUGACCGAAUACGUGUUCAAUUUAUUGAGGGCUUUCGAUCCGACAACUACAUUUAAAUCUGCCAACAACCAACAAAAAUUCAAACUAAAAACUAUCCAAAUCAUUGAACAUGUAGUAAUUAAACGCGAUAUAUUUAAAAUGAAA